AUGAAAGCCUCUGUUUGUUUUCCUAUGAUUAUUGUAGUUGUCUCAGUAUUGUUACUAUUUCAAUACUCUCUUCCAAUUUCAGCUCACCAAGAUCUUUUGGAUACAAAUGAGCAUGAUCAUCAUCACGUAACACAAAAUAUAUCAUCAUUAAAUCCCAACUAUGAUCAUGAUUAUCAUAAGCUUAAGGCGUACAUAAGGCGUGGGGGCGGCGGCGGCGGUGGCAGUACUGGUGGUUCAAGCGGUGGCAGUAGAGGUGGUGGUGGCAGUAGCGGUGGCUCAAGUGGCGGUAGAGGUGGUGGUGGCAGUAGCGGUGGUGGUAAAGGUGGUGGUGGCACUGGCACCGGCAGUAAAGGAGGUGGCGCAAGUGGCGGUAGUAGAGGUACAAGUGGCGGCGGUAGAGCUGGUGGCAGUACUGGCAGUAAUGGUCGUACAGGAUUUGGAACCGGCGGGAGAGGUAGUGGAUUUCCAAGCGGUGGUGUUAGUGGCGGCGGUGGAAGAGGAUUUGGAACUGGAACUAGAGGAAGUUCAUCAUCGGCAACGGCUCUAAAUGGCCAACGGCCUAAUUCUGGUCUAUUCAUUCAUGUCUUAUCGUCUAUGGCCCUUAUCUUAGGCGUUGUUUUGUUCUAA